AUCGGAAAAACUACAGAUCAAAAACAAUUGAUCGUUCUUCAGAAGUGCAAGACAUUUUUUUUUCGAGAGCAUUUCACCAAAGAGGACACAAAGAAUGCUAUCUUCAUAAAAUUGAUUUAAAUUCUUAAUUAAAUACGUAUGAAGUGACUUUCUAUCGACGACACAUAACGUUUUUUUAAAAACAUUUUUGCAAAUUUUUCAAAGUCUGAAUUUAAAUUCUAAUUUUUUUCUCAAAAUAACAUGUCGCGUAAACGUGCAGCUUCACCAUCUCACAUUGAAGAUUUUGAUGAUGAAUAUGGCGAAGAUAGUUGUUCAAGUGGUUCAAAGAGUCAAACAAAUUCGUUGCCUGUCCAGAGGAAUGCAGCAAAUGCCCGUGAAAGAGCUCGAAUGCGUGUGUUAUCUAGUGCAUUUUGUCGUCUCAAAACAAAAUUGCCAUGGGUUCCGGUAGAUACGAAACUAUCGAAAUUAGAUACCUUAAGACUGGCCACAAUUUAUAUUCAACAAUUGCGUACGUGUCUAGCAACGGGCCAAGAUUUAUAUUACACAUCAAAUGAACUAUCACGGUUCGACACAAACACAUCAACCGGACAAAAUCAAACGAGUUUGGUUUGGCCAUUCACAUUUCAACAGCAACAGCAGCAGCAGCAACAACAAAAUGUAUUAAAGGUACAGGAAUCGAUUUCAUCAAAUCGUCCAAAGGAAUGUCCAACAGUUUGGUAUGAACGUGAUGCAGCCAUGUCCAAUCAUUACAACGUAAAUUUUUACUCGUCAAUCAGUAAUGUGACAAAUUCAUCAUCAUACGAACAUGAUAAAUAUGAUUACCGGCAUGACAACUCUUUGCGUACGGAACAUGGAUAAUUUUCAGUUUUGGUGAAAUUUUUUUCUCUUUUCCAAAUAUUUAUAAAUACCAAAGUAAAAGGCCAAAGCUAUUAAUACAUAUUAUGUUAACGGAAAACGAUAAAAAAAAAACGAGAAAAAAAA